GUCUAAACUCUGAUGACGUCUUGUACUCGGCAAAGUUUCUUUACGGUUCGAAUUGACGCGUUUCGACAAGUUAUUUAUUAAAUGGCGGAAUAUGGCAUUCGCUUCAAGGGUGUUUCAUUACACGAAGCCUUGACCAUGAUUGAGGAUGACGGAAUUGAGGCGGAUUCAAUUACUUUACUACCUCCAACCAAUGCUUGCGAGAACGUAACUGAUGCAGAUUCCGGAGAUGAAGAUCAAUUGGAUAUCAAUAAUUUGCCAGGAAGCCUAAUGCAAGGUGAAGUUGAUAUAAAUGUAAGAAAAGAACAAGAAAUGAUGACGAUUUACCUCUUAGCAAAAUAAGUUGAAAAGUUGAGGGAAUUGCCAAAAAAGAAAUCAAAAAGAAAAAUCAGUAUAACUACAUAAAAGAAGACCUUCCAUUAGACGAAUAUGUAUUCCCAAAAGAUAACAAUAACUUCUUAGGAGAAGAGACAGCUCCGAGCGAUAUGUUUUUUAAAUUUUUGGAUGACGAUAUUUUGAAUAAAAUCGUUGAAGGAACAAAUCGAUAUUCCCAACAAAAAAAUAGUUUACAACAGAAGUUACUAUGCAU